AUGCAGCAACGGCUGGGAAACAAAGUCCUGCGCCAGCGAUUAAGAGGUCCAGCAUUGGCCUCGUACUACCCCAGACGAUCAGCCACCGUGGAAGACGUUUUGGACGAAUUCAAAAAGUUUGAUCUGGAGGGUUUCAACGAAGAGGAGGACGACAGACUGGAGAAUGUGGCCUUUGCCAAGUUACGAGGAAAGGGUGCGCCCAAGAAGAAGAAGACGAAAGCAGAGGGUCGCGCCAACAAGAAGAGGAAAUAA